AUGUACAAUAUUUUAUGGAUAAUUACAAACAAUGUGCCUUUUUGGAUUAGUGGAUUGGAAUGCGAUGAAUGGAUAGUUGAUGUUAUAAAAUUUUUUGAUAUAUACAAACAAGAGCUAUCUAUCCAAAUUGUUGAAUGUGAAUCAGUCAACGAAAUUAGAAAAAUAUUAGAUACGUUAAAUGUUACACAUCAACCAAUAAUUUCACACCAUUGUUCUAUUCCUAUACACAUUCAGAAUACCAAUUUAACAAUACACUAUCCUAGAGGAAGUGAUUUGUAUUAUAAAACAAAUGAAUUUGUCCCUAGAUAUCAAUUAUAUCUGGAUAUAUUGAGAAAAUUUGGAUGGGAUCCUGUCUCAAUUUCACCAAUUGAAUGGAAUAGGAUUAGGAAUAAUCAAAUUGAUGUUUGCAAGAGUUAUAUUAAGAAGAUUUUAUUAAAUUACUAUAAAAAAUUUAUCAUCAAAUAA